AUGGUUCGUCUUGCUAGGUCUAAAAGCACACAGUCUGUUAAAUCCAUUGCAUUGAGUGUGAAGCUACCAAACCACCUCCAAAGCAUGACCGAGAAAACUUAUAAUAUCCCAUACCGCAGCAAAUUGACGGAAAAGAUCGAACCUGGUCAAACGCUAAUUAUACGCGGUAGAACUCCUGAAGAAGCGAAGAGGUUCAAUAUCAAUCUACACAAGGACAGUCCAGACUUUAGCGGUAAUGACGUUCCACUUCACGUCAGCGUUCGAUUCGAUGAGGGAAAACUUGUCUUCAACUCGUACACAAAAGGUGCAUGGGGUAAAGAAGAACGACAGAAGAAUCCGGUAAAGAAAGGUGACGGAUUCGACAUUCGAAUUCGAGCCCACGAUAACAAAUUCACCGUCGCCAUCAAUCGAAAAGAGGUAAAAUCAUUCGAUCAUCGCAUUCCACUCCAACACGUUACUCAUCUGAGCAUCGACGGAGAUGUUGUACUAAACCAUGUGCAGUGGGGUGGCAAAUACUAUCCAGUCCCAUAUGAAUCCGGUAUCGCUGACAAUGGUCUCAUUCCCGGCAAAACGCUGGUCAUCUAUGGAACUCCUGAAAAGAAAGCGAAGAAGUUCAAUGUGAAUCUCUUGAAGAAAAAUGGGGAUAUCGCGCUCCACUUCAAUCCCCGUUUUGACGAAAAGGCAAAAGGUUUCAUCUGCGGCAAAAUCAAGCCGGGCUGCGUGAUCAGGAACUCACUCGUGAAUGGCGAAUGGGGCAAUGAGGAGCGCGAGGGCAAGAACCCCUUCGAGAAAGGCGUCGGCUUCGACUUGGAAAUUAAAAACGAGGAAUUUGCAUACCAGAUAUUCGUGAAUGGUGAACGGUUUGCCUCGUAUGCACACCGCAUCGACCCGCACGAAAUCGGUGGUCUCCAGAUUCAAGGCGAUGUCGAACUGUCUGGCAUUCAAAUCGUCGGCCAGUGACCUCUUCUAUGCUGUUGAUUAUGUCCAGAAUGUUCUCUCAAAUGUUUCCGCUGUUCACUAUCAAACAUCGCCCGUCCCACCUUCCCCCCCCCCCCCCGCCUUCCCCGUUUGUCGCGCAUUUUUGCGCCUUUCCCGUGCAUUGUACAUUAUCUGCGCAUAGUCUGUCUCUGUCUUUUGCACAGCUUCCAGUUCCAGUUCAGCUAGGCAUAUCUCUCUCGAGCAGCUCUCGUUCUUACUCUCUCGUACUCGCAUAGCCACUCCACUGCCAUCUCCGUCGAUCCGAGAAGUUCCCUAGCUAAAAUAAUGAAGAGCGCACCUACAACGAACCUCUUUCCUCACGUCUCUAGUCCUCUGGCCCCAACGUUCCACCCCAAACACACAAAGAGUCGUCGAGUGCUGAUCGUCAUCCUCCCUUUCAUACUUAUUUUAUAUGUACAUGUCAUCAUUCUCGCCACAAUUAUUCGCGCCUACACAUAUAUUCCUUUCUGUGCCUAAUUCCAUGCACCAGUUUCUCUCUUUGUAUAUCCAUUUUUUCCGUCAUCAAAAUAAAGCUUCACCAUCUCUUU